AUAAACUUCACCUGUUCAAAUGCAUUUCUCCUGGUGAAGAGCUUAGUACUAUGAUUCUAAUGGACCAUGGUGUAUUGAUGUUUGCUCGUAAAGAAGAACUGCAGUACCGCACAUGUCAACUCUUUUUUUUUUUGUCUCGAGGGACUUCCUCCUCAUUAGAGCCAAGAUGUGGUCAAGUGAAAUCCAAAGUGGAAACGCAUGGCUUAACUCCCUGCCAGACCAAUCACAUAGAUCUAGUUCCUCCCUCCACGUCCUGAGUAGCCACGAGUGUUUCGUGUUACUUUGAAACUGGACUUUAGUGUUUUUACUUUUAUUUGAGAGAUUUCACUUACAUUGUUGACCCUGCUGAGAGUGGACACGUUCGAUAGUCAAACUAUUUUUCUGUUUAUCAAUGUCGAAUUGAGCUAAUCUGUCUUAACUUGACAUCGUGAUGUUUCUUUGUUCAUGACACGCUGAUGUUGUGCACAGACUUUUGACAUUUGAAUCGCCGUUUAGAACUAGAUGCCAGCCAUGUGAACAAGGUCAAAACGUGAUGAGCACGCCUAUUCACGGCAACUCACCUCAAGGGGACACAAAAACAAAGACUUUGGAAUAUAGCGGUGAAGGCGACGCACCAAAGCAGGAUGAAUUGACGAUCGAAGCUGGCUGACUCCAUGGGUGCACUGUGGUCGUACUUCAGGCUGUUUCAGCCGCAUCGUUGCCGGUUUUGGCCUUGCCUGAUUACCCUGGCCCUGACCAUCGUGUUCCUCCAGCUGAUUCACAUGGCCCUGCUUUCUCGCCUGGAAGAGAAGGAAGCCCGCAUGAGGGAGACCAAGUCUGUCGGGCGUCAACUCCAAGGAAGAAUGUUCAAGAAUGUCCUCGGGGAGAUGUUGGAACGCGUAAGGAACUCGUACCGCUUCGACAAGAGCGGCACCUACCACGUGCUCGACAAUUUCCUGACUUCGGAGCACGUCGUCCUGGGGCGCGGAGAAUACGACGUCAGCAUCGCCACGCACAGCUCGUCCGGCAAUCUUGCCCACCUGGUCGAGCUCAGCGAAAGAUGGCGGGGUCCCAUCUCGGUGUCGGUUUUCACUUUCGACGAUGAUUUCGCCCAGACCGUGUCAAGUCUUGUCCACUAUCACUUCUGCAACGACCACAUUUACCGCCACGUCAGCUUUCAUCUCGUGUAUCCCAUUAGCCGGGCCCCGAAGCACUUAGACGCCCUUUCUCAGAUGACGCUCUCUUGCUUGGAUUACGCCCACGCCCAUCUCGUAGUGGCCCCCAUCCCAUCUCUUCCAAACUAUGCAAACAAAGACUUGGACUACCCCAACAACCUGCUCCGAAAUCUGGCCAUCAACUACGCCUUGACUCCUUACAUCUUCAUGGUCGACGUGGACAUGGUUCCCUCAGAGAACCUCAGAGUGCUGUUCCAUUCGUUGAUGACGUCUGACAAUCACGGUCUGGUUGAUCGCUCCGCAAACGGCACCGAAGGCGCUCAUAGGCCAAUAUCACCUCAAAAGAAAGACCAGUCGCACUCUGCGUACGUAGUGCCGGUCUUCGAGAUCCAGGGCUCUUCAACCGUGCCAAGAACUAAGUCCGAGCUUCUUGACCUAUGGCGGAAGGGUCUGGUUCGGCCUUUUUACUGGGAGGCUUGCGAGAAAUGCCAGAGACCCACAGACUACGAACGCUGGAAGUCUUUAGAAGACUUUGGCUUCGUUCGGAUAGGUUAUCAGGUGACCAGAGUGGAUCCCUGGGAGCCAUUCUACAUCGCUAAGACCUCUUUGCCUUUGUACGACGAGAGAUUUAAACAAUAUGGAUUUAACAGAAUUAGCCAAGUCUGCGAGAUGCAUGUUGCUGGCUUCGACUUCUACGUUCUUGACAACGCUUUCCUCGUCCACAGGGGCUUCAAGGUGAAGGACGAGUUUCACUCCAGGAAGGACGCCGAGAACAGUCGAAAUCUUCUGCUUUUCCGGAAGUUCAAGGAGGAGCUGAAGGUCAAGUACCCGAAUGUCUCGCGCAGAUGUUGAACUUAAGUGGAACCACUCUUUAGGGCAAUGUUAUCGGACUGUCUUUAAGUUUUCACUAACAAAGAUAACAUGACAUUGGAGUGAAGUUUCAAAACAUUCUCCUGUAUUUCUCCAAUUAGCUUACCCUGACAGAUGAUGACAUGUUUGGUAUCAGUGAUGUACUUAAUGAUUGUGUUCCUUAAGGGCAGAAUCAAGAAGGAACUAAGAAACAAGUAUUUUAGUUAUAGUAAUUCCGAAUCGGCCACCAAAUCACGUAUUUAUACACUUUAUAUCUAUAUAUAUACAUGGCCAUCACAGAAAGCCAACUUUUAAGGGCGUUCAUUUCGUUGAUCUACGUUAUCGGUCCCCGCACAAUGAAGCAAUACAUUUGUGAAAGCUCCAUGUUCUUCAUGUUCUCGGGGAUUCUUUCGCAGUCAGAAACAUUUUUACAUUCAAGAAUUUAUUGAAAUCCUUGGGACUCCCUUCUCGUUUCUCUUCCUUGAGAUGAGGACUACCAAAAAAUUCCGUUUUAGUCGGAGCUUUUUCUUUUUAAUGUAGGGGAUCACUGACAUGUACAGUUCCUUCAUAUCCCUCUCUCAUCCCCCCCCCCCCCAGCCAACUGAUAUUGACACAACAUAACUGUGUCCAUCCAGUAGGGAUAACCCAAGGCUGUUGUAAUAAUUGUGCAAUAGUUGAUCACUAGCAUACUUUUUUUUUUUUUUGCUUCACUUAGUCUUGAGCAAUUCUGUUGAAAGAAUUUGUUUUAGUUUCUUUGAUAUCUAGUACUUAGUAAACCAAGGUUUGACAGGUAGAGCUAGAUAGUAACAACUUUGAUUUUGAAGUUUUUUUAUUUAAUGUUUCACUCUGAUAACACUUAUUAACACUUAUUAUUGCAGUCCAAAAAUCCAUGAGUAAAAUCCUCCUCAUUGUUACAGACAUUAAUCUUCAUUGAACCAAUUGUAUUGUUUUGUGUGCAUAAUACACUCUGGUAACUGCUACGUAAUUCUGGCCUGUAAAUCUUUCACAUAUUUCUUUGAAGUCAUUCAUAAAACACAUAUAUAGAAAACUCUGUGUAUGUGUGUGGGUGUGGGGUGGGGGGGUAUUGUUUUGACUAUGUGUGUGCUCUGACCGAUCGUUGCUAUCUGGUCACCACAAGGCCUCUCCUUUAAUAGAGCCUGUCUCACCGCUUUGUCACCCCAAAGCAGCCAUGAUGAUGUGUUUUUUUAUUCCAAUAAAUAGAGCAAUAGGGAGCCUCAGUGAUGAAGAGCAAGGGGAGGUCAUUGUAAUUUGCAAUGUAUUAUAUUCUAGUCAAGUUAUGGAACCUAAUGAAUCACAACCAAUUUUAACAUAAUGUUUGCGUAUACCAAAAGUUUAAUUUAUUUUGUACAUCUAUUGUUGUAAUCAAAUAUGCCAAGACAAUUUCAGAGUAAUAUCAGUAGGCUAGUGCUUCUCACUACUCACUCUCUACUAAAUUGUUUUUUUUUCAAAUUAGUUGGUUUUCUUUGACUUAAGUUUAAAUGGAUAUAUAUAUUUUAAAAAGCAAUUAGCUUUUAUAAGAGAAAGAAUUGCACAUUUACAGCAUAUAUGUCAAUAUUGUAAGAUUUAUUUCCUUUUUACAUCAAGGAAAAUUAAUUACCAAUAAUUGAUUAAUUAAGUUGUUAAUUCUCUGAUUGAUUGAUAAUUGUGCAAAGUUUCAAUUUAAUCGAAAAUGGGAAGUGGGAGAAAUAACGUGUACACACAUGUGACCAGACAAGACAGAGAGAGUGAGUUGAUCGAAGCUGUGUACACAUUGUUGGAAAUAAAUGUGUCAUCAAAAUUUCAGGAAUGUGAGUUGAAUGAAAUGUGUGUAUGUGUUCUUUGUCAGGGAAGUGGUGUAUGACUUUGUGUGUGUGUGUGCUUUUUGUCAGUAUAAAUAAGGAAGUGAAGUAACAUGUCCUCUAUGUUUGAAUGUGUAUGACUUUUUGUGUGACAAAAAUAUUCUGAUAGAAUUUUCUUUGGUUUCCAAUGACAUGAUGAUUUUUACAUGAAUUUUGUAUUUUGUUGAUAAUGUGUAAUCAUCUCAUGUUGCCAUGCAGACUCAGAAUUAAAGUAACAAAUUUUGUGACUACUUGAAGCUCUGACACUUGUAUGACAUUUUGUAUGUCUACUGUUUCAUCCAGUUGUUGCCUUCUUUUGAGAUUAUCUUUUUGUGUGUUUGAUAUGUUUUCAUGUAAUAAUGUAUGUAUUCAACUAAUAAUAAUGUUGUAUUCUUUGAUGUACUAUUGUGUGUUUUGAGUGUGCUGGCUUACACUGGAAUGUGUAUUUUGAGUUAUUUUUUUUUAAAAGAAAUAUUGCUGGCAGUGUGACAUGUUUUGAUAGUUGUAUCUAUGUACAAACAAGUCGAAUGAUGGAUACGAGCCUUCUUAAUUGAAAUAUUUGCUUCAAAAUUCCUUGACAUUGAUUGAUUAUUAGAAGUACAUUUCUAUCAGGGUACAACUGUGUUGGUUCAACUGUGGUCCAGUGUAAAUAUUUCUUGGUGAAGUGCAAUGACUAGUGGCCAUCACAUGAACACUUAACGGAAUGAGGCGCUAGAAUAAACAAUCCUCAAACUAUUAUGGCACUAGGAGCCAACUUUUUAAAAUUUUGUUUCUAUUCGAAUUCCGUCUUCAAGUCCGCAGCCAGCUCAGUUCAAUGUAAAUGAAACAAAAUGUUUAUUGUCCCAUCUCUUUGUUGGACUUCUGUUAAGGGUUCUGCUUCUACAGACUUGAAGCUUACCAAUAGUGAACACGAGUCUGACCAUAUAUAUUUGUAUACAAGAUCAUUUUCAGAUUGUUGUGUUUUUUUUCAAUGUAUUAAUAAAAACGUGUUUUAUUAGAACUACAAAUAACACAAAUAAAUUGAAUGAGAAUGAGGAAGUGAAAUCAAAUUUUCUAGAGAACUUUUUUUUUUAAAAUAGAAAACUGAUGAAACAGGAAAUACGUAUGUGGUCAACAGCUAGACAUAAAAUUGUUCUCAGGGUCUCAGAAGUUUCUCCCUUGUUGCAUUUCUAACCAUCUGAAUGCAUUACGUCCACAUGGAGCCAGAAUCUAGUCUUGUAUUUGUAUUAUUAGUAUCAUUAUUAUUGUAUCUGUGUUCUAUCUAGGGACCACUCCAAGACUACAACAGAACACCAUCAUCAUUUCCCGACGUCACGAAGUGUGUACAUGUAGGGCAUUAGGUCAUUUUGUGGUCACUCACGGAUUAAAAAUUAUGUAUUCUAUAAAUAGCAUGCGAAAGGAAAAAAAUAUUUUCUAUUUCGCACUUGCCAUCUUCUAUUUUCAUUAUGUAUCUAGAACAUUUCUAAAGUGAUAGAUUUAUACCCUAUAUCUUCUCCACCUCUGACUGAGAACUCUAUCAAUUCAAACCCCAGGUUUAUAGGUCAGCAGACGUACAGUGCUUAAUGACAUGUCAAGGAUACACAGAAGCGCUGGUAGAGAAAACUUCUUAUGACAAUAAAAGCGACUUUUUCAAAUUGUGUUCCUCUAUAAAAGUCUGUUUAUUGAUGUCUUUUUUUUUUCUCAAGUACUGAUUGUAUCUGAUGGCUUACAAUAACAUUUGUUUUAAUGAUUUGACAGUGUACAAAGUAAUUUGUUGGUCACUUUUCACUGGAAUCUUGUUUUUUUUUUAUUCUUUCUUUUGCGAUGUCAGUUUGUUAUUUUCUUUACGUUUUGUACAAGCAACCAAUAAACUCUUUGAUCACAUGA